AUGGCUGUUUCAGUGGUAAAGACGGGGCCAAAGUAUCAGCUGGAUGCAGACCAGGUACUCCGUGCAUCGACUGCUCUGCUCUCCCACAUCAAGGCCGAAGACCAGCGCAAGGCAGCAGACUCGACAGUAAAGAAGCUGCCCCUCGGCGAUGACAGUGACAGCGAGGAUUAUGGCAGCACCGGCGAGCACUCACCCAUCUGGCUCAUCCUUACCACCAAGAAGCACCUCGUCGACAAGAACAGGAUGAAGCCAGGCAAGAUCGCCGUGCCACACUCUCUCAACCCUUCGUCAACCCUCAACGUCUGCCUGAUCACCGCAGACCCCCAGCGCGCUUUCAAGGAUACCAUUGCAGACCCCGCUUUCCCCCCCGAGCUGGCUGCCAAGAUCACCAAGGUCAUCGGCUUCUCGAAGCUGCGGGACAGAUACAAGUCGUUCGAGAGCAGGAGGCAGCUCCUGGCUGAACACGACUUGUUCCUUGCUGACGACCGCAUCAUCCUGCGCCUAGUCAACACGCUGGGCAAGAUAUUCUUCAAGUCCUCGAAGCGUCCUAUCCCCGUGCGCCUGGAGGAGAUCCAAAAGGUAGAUGGCAAGCGGGUCAAGGCAGCCGAUAAGAAGAGGCCGCCUACAGACGAGAAGAUUGCCUCUGUUGCUGCGCCGGCCGUGGUUGCGCGCGAGAUCGAGCGCGCCAUUGCAUGUGUCCCUGUCAAUCUCUCCCCCGCCGCCACCGCUGCGCUGAGAGUCGGAUGGUCGAAUUGGCCCGCUCAGAAGUUGGUGGAGAACGUCUCUGCGGUUGUUGAGGCGAUGGUGGACAAGUACGUUGCGCGGGGAUGGAAAAAUCUCAAGGCCGUGCAUGUCAAGGGGGCCAAUACGGCUGCCAUGCCUGUCUGGUUGGCUGAUGAGCUGUGGCUGGAAGAAGGAGAUGUCAAGGAAGAUGAAGUGAAGAAAGUGGAGGACUCGAGUAAGAAGCGGAAGAGCAUUGAGGGUGCGGAUGCAGGGAAGAAGAGUAAAAAGUCAAAGUUGCUUACCUCUACCGUGGUUGAGAGAGACGAAGAGGAAGAAGAGGAGCUCAAGGCGCGAAAGGCCAAGUUGAAGGCUCAGAAGGCAAAGGCCGUUGCGAAGGUUAAUGGUGAUGCCCUCUUACUGCCCCAGGAGGCAUCCUCCUCCUCUUCCAAAAAGCCCAGGACGAAACUGGCAAAGAUGAAGAAAGCUACAUAG